AUGAAAAGAAUAGUUAAUAAUCCUAUAUUUGUACCACAACCAAAAACCUUGAGUAAACUAGCUUUUACAACUGUAGGAUUAACAUGUAAAGCUUGGUCAAGUUUAAAUCUAUGGAAGAUACAUGGUCAAAAGCAUUUUGAAUCAGUGAUGAACAAAAGAAUAGUUGAUAUGAACAAAUGUAUCACUUUUGACAAUACAUUCAAAUCAUCUGAUAUUGAUCAACUAAUAUCAAAUGGAAUCAUUGGAAAUAAUAAUAAUAAUAAUAUUAAUAGUAAUGUUGUACAAAUACCACCUUUACUUCCAAGACCACUUGUAACAAUAUCAAAUCAUAUGUGUAAUUUAGAUGACCCUAUUUUAUGGGGUCGAUUAUUACCCUUUGAUACAUUAUGCAAUCCAAUUCAUAUGCGUUGGACUUUGGCCGCUUCAAAUAUUCUCUUUACAAAUCCAAUUUAUUCAAAAAUAUUUACUCUUGGUAAAUGUAUUAAAACAAUUAGAGGAGAUGGAGUAUUUCAAGAUGCAAUUGAUAUUGGUAUUGAAAAAUUGGAAAAUGGUCAAUGGGUACAUUUGUUUCCAGAGGCAAAGGUAAAUCAAUCAGAUGAAUUGUUAAGAUUUAAAUGGGGUAUUGGUAGAAUGAUAGCAGAGUCAAAGGUAUCACCUUUGAUUUUACCAAUAUAUCACACUGGGUUGGAUAAAUCCAUGCCAUUGGGUAAACUACCUAUUCCACGUGUAUUUAAAAGUAUUGAUAUUACCAUUGGUAAACCUUUUACAUGUGACCAUCUUUUAAAUACCGAGAUUGACCAACAAACUAAACAACAACUAUUAGAUAAUAUGACAUUACCCUAUCGACAAGACCCAAGAUAUUUAAGAUACAAAUUAAUUACAGAUCAUAUUGAAUCAAAAUUUAAACAAUUAUUAGAUUUUUCUAAAACUUUAAAAUAA